GUGGGCCGACGGCGGCGUCGCCAGUGCCGGGGCAGGGCAAGUUGGAGGACAAUGGGCCCGGGCCGCAGACGGCGCGCUUGACGGUACCCAUUACGACGACGCCUGUGUCGCCUGCGCCUGCCUCGGCUCCCCUUCAGCAGGGUACUCUGCCUGCUGCGACGCGGUCACGGUUAAACCUGGUGAACAGGCUUAGGUCGCGUUCGCAUGGUCGCUCUGUAAGCGAUGUCUCCAACAUGGCCGUCCCCAAUGGCGCUCCUCCCCGUCCCUCGCUCAAUGUCGGAUCCUCCGGCAACAGCUCCUCUGACUCCGAGACGCGCACGUCCCCAUCUUCCCAUUUGACACCCUCUUCGCAUCUUUCGUCCUCGGUGACCACGGCAAGCAACGUCAGCACGCGCUCGUCCCGGCGCUCGAGCUUUCUCUCCGGCCUCCGCUCGGGGAGCCAGGACCCGAAAGCGAUCCCGGACCCCAAGCCAUCGGACCUGAUCAAGGUGUACACGCUGCAGCAUGCAGAAAGCGGGCUCGGGAACGACUACUUUAAGCGAAAGAAUGUGAUUCGCGUGCGCAUGGAGGGCGAGCAGUUUUUGCUGCAGGCGAAGGAUAUCUCGGAGGUGGUGGAGUGGAUUGAGGGGCUGCAGGCGGCUGCAAAUAUUGCGCUCGACCUGGAUGAGCGGCCUAUGCCGAGGGGGCCAUUGUUCCCAAGACGGCGCCGUCGGCGCGGCGCACGCCGCAAUACGGAGGCAGGUGGUGGGGAUCAGAAUGCAAACACGAACAACAACCCGCCACGAAGCCCCCCGCUUGCUUAGAGAUUUGGAUGGAUUUGUAUGAUACUCUACGCUCUCUUCUCACCUCGCAACCACACUCCGUUAUCAUCACUUUCUGCUGUGUAUACUGGCUCGUCUCUGGGUGGAAGGUGCUCCGUCCAGCGCGCUGUCCUGUGGACUGGGAUGGUGCCGACUGCACCUGCCGCGUUGUAUCAUCUGUUGCCAGUAAUUGGGCUGCAUACCUUUCGCGCUGUGUUAUUACCUCUAAUAUACUGUACAGUAUGGUUGA